GCCACAUCCUGGUCAAUCAAUCUUAAACAAGAACUUUGUUCCUUCUCUGUGAAAAAGAUUUCAACUGGCUACACUGGCACGUCUUCAUUUAUGGUCCAUUUUUUACGAAUCAAAUCGCAUGUACGUCCUCUGAUGUUAGAUUGGGAACCAUUCAGGCUUUAUCAAUCACAACAUAUAAGACAUUAUUUUUGUUGUGUAUUAGAGAAAAAACUAAUUUCGCUCGGCGAAAGAAAACAGGAGAAAGAUGAGCUACAAAAUUUUGAUUUCGGUAACGCUGCUUUCUGAAGUAUUUCUUCUAGGAGUGGUAGCGGAGCAGAAAAAUAUCAUCACUUUGGGAGAUGGGGCCUACUCAAACCUCCUCAUCGCAAUAGAUGCAAGUCUUCCUGAAGAUCCUAAGAUCAUUGAAAACAUCAAAACGAUGUUUACAUCAGCAUCUCAGCGUCUCUACCUCGCCAGCAAGCAGCAAGUCUACUGGAAACACAUCAAGAUUCUUGUCCCAAACACUUGGUCCGUACAGAGCCAAUAUCAAUUUUCUCGGACCGAAACGUUAGAGUCGGCGAACAUCGUAGUGCACGACUUUCCAGAUGAUGAACCUUUUGUGGAUAACUUUGCAGGAUGUGGGAAAGAAGGUUAUCUGAUGCACAUUACACCAGGAUAUAUUCUUCAAGAAAUGUACCGAGAAAACAAAUAUGGCCCUACCGACAGUGUCUUGGUUCGAAAUUGGGGUUAUCUUCGCUGGGGAUUAUUCAAAGAACAUUAUGAUCCUGAUGACGUCAGAGAGGUUGGCGCCCCUGCCUAUGAUAUACCCGGUGGAGGUACUGAAGGAACGCGCUGUUCUCUCAAGAUCAAGGGAGAAGUUUUAUACGCCGACGGUCGUCCGUGUCAGAAAACACCCAACAGUGAUUUCGAUCCAUCCUGUAGAUUCGUUCCAAAUACUGCAGGGCAGACAGCGACCGCUUCGUUGCUAUUUGGAACCAGGAUUGCUCCCGUACAUUCCAUAGAGGAAUUUUGUGGCGACGACAUAUCAGAUCCUCAUAGCUUACAUAACCCACUAGCACCAAACCUGAUGAACAAUAAAUGCAAUGGGGAAAGUGCAUGGAAGGUGAUGGAACGGACAGGAGACUUCAAAGCUGGCAUCCAACCUGUUUCGAACACCACUCCUUCUUUUGAACUUCUUCAGCUAUCUACUGUUAGGAGUGUAGUGCUAGUACUUGAUAUCAGUGGGAGUAUGGGGGGAAACCGGUUUGACCGUAUGAUCCAAUCAUCUACUGACUACAUCAUGAACGUCAUUCCAGAAGGUAGCAAGCUGGGAAUCGUCGUCUUCGGAAGUACCUCUGAAAUCAGAGCAAAUCUCACCGACGUCACAGAUACACCGUCCAGGCAAAAUCUAGCCAGUGCUUUGCCACCGACCGUUACAGGAUCAACGUGUAUUGGAUGUGGGAUACUGUCUGGCAUUCAGGUCCUUGGGUCAUACGCACAAGGAGGAUACAUCUUACUUCUUAGUGAUGGCGGAGAGAAUGCAUCUCCAUACAUUCGAGACACCUAUGACGAAAUCGAGAACUCUGGGGUCAUAAUGGAUACCAUAACUAUAAGCAACUCGGCUGACCAACAAUUAGAAGAUGUUUCCAAUAUGACUUCUGGCAUCCCUACCUUCUGCUCCGAUAGCGGAACUGGAACGUGUCUCAUUCAGGCCUUUCAGAGUACGAUAACUGAGAGACCAGAUGUUGGUGUGGAGGCCGUUCCUAUACAGAUCUAUAGCUCCGAGAUCGUCAUUGAUAGCUCUCCUGGUUUCGAGAUCGUUCCGAUAAUCAUUGACGCCGCACUGGGUAAUAACACAGUGAUCACUGUGAUAUGGACCACGAGCUCAUCGAUCUCGGUCGUAGUCACUGGACCAAGCGGUGCUCUGGUUGAUGAAAACGACCCAAGGUAUCAUAUUGAUCUCAGCACAAAGAUUGUGACAGUUAACCUACCAUUCGCCCAGCCCGGUAGGUGGAACGUUACCAUAUACAGCACUCAGGGAAUCACUGAGCACGCGAGUGUAGCAGUAACAUCUAAACCAAGUCAGGAGGAAUAUCAACCAGUUACAGUAACUGUUCUUCUCGGAUCAAGGGAGGUGGAUCAUUCUCAGACUCCAGCACUAGCGAUCUAUGCUCGGGUGCGACAGGAUCACAAUCCAGUUCUUAAUGCUGACGUCACGGCUAUCAUCUCAGACGCCAAUGCAGCAACAACGACCAUGUCAUUGCAAGAUGGUGGUUCAGGUUCAGAUUUAUUCAAAGACGAUGGAACAUAUUCAGGAUUUUUCCUUGAUUUCGCUUCCAAUGGUAGAUAUAACGUCAAGGUCAAUGUCAUCGGCUAUGGAGACGUAAUUAAAGUCUCAAAAAAACGAAGAAGAAGACGAUCAACUACAGUUGAAGUCGAGACCACAGAGGAGCCAUCUUUCAUGCGAACAGCAUCGGGAGGAGUCUUUAAAGUCCACAGCUAUACAACCAACCCUUCAGAUACCAUCGCGCCUUCUCGUAUUCAAGACUUGAUCUACGAGUCCUUCUCAUAUGACAAUAGCACAGUAACUCUGGGCUGGACAGCUGUAGGAGAUGACAUGGACCACGGAACUGCAUACAGUUACGAACUUCGCUAUUCCACCAACUUCUCAGAGGUGCGAGACGACUUCAACAGGAGCCAUUUGGUCUCUCAAGAACAAGUGCUGUACGGCAAUCUAUCCCACGUCAAUGCUUCAGGAACAACGGAGAGAGUCACUAUUAUCCUUCCACAGAAGGGAGAGGACAUCGUUUAUUAUUUUGGUAUUCGAGCUUGGGAUGAGGCCGGCAAUGGAGGAGACUUGUCGAACAUUGUUUCACUGUCUAUCCGUUUCAUACCAAUGGCAUUACCUACCGCAGUGAUGACUACCAUGCUCACUACUGAUGUUGUGACAGAGAUAAUAACUACUCUUGACAAGACAGAAUCGAUUGCUCCAGGAACCAUCGAAACUUCGUCAGAAGACAUACCAACAUCGUCGGAUACAUUGACUAUUGAGAAUACCACGCCAGCAAUUGAAACACCAACCUCAGGUCUAACAACAGAAUUUAUUCAUACAUUUCCUGGAUCACAAAGUACACCCGGAGCAGAAACGACUGAUGCAAUGACAGAGAUAAUUACUACUCUUGACAAGACAGAAUCGAUUGCUCCAGGAACCAUCGAAACUUCGUCAGAAGACAUACCAACAUCGUCAGAUACAUUGAUUACCACGUCAGAUAUUGAAACAACAACCUCAGGUCUAACAACAGAAUUUAUUCAUACAUUUCCUGGAUCACAAAGUACACCCGGAGCAGAAACGACUGAUGCAAUGACAGAGAUAAUUACUACUCUUGACAAGACAGAAUCGAUUGCUCCAGGAACCAUCGAAACUGCGUCAGAAGACAUACCAACAUCGUCGGAUACAUGGAUUACCACGUCAGAUAUUGAAACAACAACCUCAGGUCUAACAACAGAAUUUAUUCAUACAUUUCCUGGAUCACAAAGUACACCCAGUAAAGAAACAACUUUUGAUAUUACUACUGGUAAACCGACCCCGACAACGAACGAGCUAUUCAGUCAAACAUCCAACAUACCAGGGUUCUCGAUGUCAAGCACUACUGACCAAUCUACACAGUUCACGACAAAGAGCUUAGGGGAGACAAUUUAUCCAAGAGCUUCUACAUCUUCGAACCAAUCCAUAGAGCCAAAGACUUCAAGUACUACUGACACGACUGAUCUGCAUUCGACACACAAGCCUUACACAUCUGUUCCAUUCACGACUGAAUCUAGACCACCAAAACUUACAACUAGUACUUCACCAUCAGAGAUAUAUGUAACAACACAUCAAGAGAUUCCUGAGACCACAGUAUCCAAGGAACCUGAGCCUUGGGAGCGAACAACACAUCAAGAGGUUCCUGAAUCAACGAAAGCCACGAAACCAACCGGACCAGAAGCACAGGCUGUAAUCAUUGGCCUGUCUUGCGCACUAAGUGCAGUUACCAUCAUAGCAGCAGUCAGUUUGGUGUACAUCUACCAUGUCUACAAUGUUAAGCAGAGCCUCAAUCAGGUGAAACCGAUUACCCCGCCUAAAUCGGCCUGGGCACACCAAGGAAUUGCGGAUGUAGAGAUGGCCCAAAAGGAACCUAGCUACAAUAAUUAUACUUUCAAAACGGCUUGAUUCGCACGAAGACUACAGUGCGUAUCAAAAAAAAAGUUUACACUUUGAAAAAGCCCUGGGAAUUUAAAAAUAUACAACAUGUGGGUAAUUUUUUCACAUAUAUUCUUGGGUUUGGGUCUCAUCUAUCCAAUGAAAGUAGAAGUUAUGACAGAAUUUUACACUUGAGUAAGCACUGUCUAUUUUUGUAAAGCUCGCAGAAAUCUGUUUGCGCAGAAAUGCUUGUUUUCACGCUAUGUCAAGGGGAAAGGACGAAAUCAAACUUACCCUGCGGCCUGCGAAACAUUUCUCAUGCACUUUUAGUCAAUUGACAUGAAACGGAUCAUACAUUCAAGCAAUUUGUAACAAUUUUGUCACCCAAAUUGAACUUUCAACACUUAGUAAGCACAACCUUUACCCUUUUUGUGCCAGCUGGAUCUGAGGACAUAACUGAAUCUGAACAAAAGUGUAUAUCAGACAUCUCCAGCAUUUUUUCACUAAGUUUUUAUCAUUUAAAGUGGGUUUACAUUUCAUUUUUCAUUUAAUACUUGUUUCUCCACACUUUUCCCAAGCUUGACAAUGAUUAACAAAAUGAAAAUCAAGCCCAAGCCGUUUCUUGUAAAUCACAGCUCAGUGUAAAGCAAAUAUCGUCACGAUGGCCUCGGUGUGUGGGGUAGUGAAUGGGGCGCAAUGCACUCUCUGAAGUGUUUUGGGCAAGGAAACAAGUUUAAAAAGGUAAAAGAUAUCUUCAAAUCAAUUUUACUAGCUAAAAUCCACGUGUUCUUCAUGAUUAGGGUCUACUUUUAUUCGCAUAACUAUUUCAAAGUUCUGCGCAAAUGAUUUUUCAUUAACUUUUCAAAAGUAAGUGGUGCUCACUCAAGCGGAAUGUUUUUUCGACAUUUAUAUCGUCAUUUGCUUAAAUUGACCUGUACCAAUAUUAAAAUGUGGAAAAAUCUUCAGGAUAUUACAAAUGUAUAAUUUUACAGGAUUUUUUCUAAGUGUAAACUUUUUUUUGAUACGCAUAUAUAAGGCUAUGAUGUAAUCUCCCAAUAAUGACCUGUAUAUAUAAGGAGUCGCCUUUAUGCCUUUCAAUGCAUAUAGCUCUGACUUUAGUUUUUUAUACGCUUGAUGCAUUUCUCUUUUUCAUCAAUUAGAUUAAUGUAGAUUAAAAGGAACUGUAUCCUUGAUAUCGCUGCAUAAUUAUCAGUAGUUAAAAGACAAGCUGUUUCGUGCAUUGAGAUAAAUGAACAAAGAAAUGAAAAUGAAUUUUAGAUGUUAGUCUUAUAUCAUAUUCAAAGAGACAAACUAAGCGUAAGAAUAGUAUAAGUUUGCUCAUAUAUUUUAUUCAAGUUUGUGUGGUAUAGGUUUUUCUCCCCAUUGUCUGUGUGUUUAGAAUUUAAAUGACAUCCGAAACUUUUAUUUUGGGAUAUUCUUAAAUCUCAGCGUUUUUUCUAAGCUUGAAUUGUUCCUUUAUAGGCCCAAAUAUUUUCUUUCUUGAUCUCGGGAUACGUGAAUAAUGCAUUGGAAAUGCACCAACCGUAUCACAUGCUAUGAUUACAAUUGUUACUAUUUGAAGAAAGUUGUAAAUUUUAAACGGAGAAUACAUUAUUUUGACAAAAAUAUGAAACAUUUGGUUAUAAAUUCGAAGCAAUUAUAAUUCCAUAAAUUAGAAUCGUAUAUAGCUUAAAGCUGAUCGAAUUGAUAUAUGUGAUACAUGAUUAGUAUGUGUUUUAUUAGUUUAGGUGAGUCAAUGUAGCACGAUGGAAAUGUGUAUUUUCGUACAUGUACUUGUAUUUUAGAAAUACGAAAUAAAACAAAUACUAGUAGUUUUUCACAUUUGUUACUUAUCAGAACGUGAUAAAGUAAAUUUUGUGCCUGUUAUUCAAGGGUUUGUUGAUAGAUUUUAUUCACUUAUGGAAUGAUUCAAAUGAUUAUUAUUCAUAAAUCGAUGUAAACGAUACAAAGAAAUGUAUUAUUAAUCAAACGAUGUGAUUAAGAAGAAGAAAAACAUAACAUAGUUAAUUAGAGUCCCGGCUUCCAUCUGAAAGUAUAAUCAUAGAACCCGAAAAAAGACUUAUGAGGCAACUAUUAAAAAACGAUUGUAAUCGGGGAUUUUUUUUUUAAACAAUGAUAUUUUGAUUAAUUUAUUUUAUUGAUAAUUUUUACUUAGUGUUUAAAUAACAAUCUUAACGAGGAUUGGUAAAAUAUCCUUUUGUUAGUGGGUGUGAAUGAUUGUCUGACCGAAAAUUCCCUUAGAUUAUAUGCCCAGUGAUUAUUAAUUGAUUUUGACUAUUGAUAUUUGAGCACGCACAAUCACAUUCACCAACGUUCUGGUUAUGUUGACCAAUUCUCCUCAAUCAUGUAAGAUUGUAGAUUAAGAUUUUUAAAUUAAUAUUGUAUGCAUUCCAAAAUGCAACCUAAAGAAUUAAUAACCUAAGUAUCCAAGAGGAAUGUCAUAAGGUUUGGCCAUUCGAAAUAACCAAUAUAUGGUAUACAACUUUUUUUUCAGGACCAACAUCUGCCCAAGAAAGAUACAUGGUGUACCGUGAAACUUACUACGCUAUUCUUCUUCGCCAUGGAAACCUUCAGAACUUAUAACCUUUAUGACUUAUAAGCAGUGGUAGAUUAAUCAUGAUGGUAUUUCAUGCUCGAUAGUAGCAAUGAAAGUAUAUUGAUAAUAUUAAUAAAUGCUUUUCUAAUAUAAUUCAAA